UGGGCGGCGGCGGCGGCGACUGCGGACGGCGGCGCAUCGCGGGCGAGGCGGCAGCGGGAGCGCUCCCAUUGUUCCGGAAGCCGGCGCCGGCCCUUUGUUGACCUCCUCUACUGGAGAGACAUUAAGAAGACUGGAGUGGUGUUUGGUGCCAGCUUAUUUUUGCUGCUUUCGUUGACAGUAUUUAGCAUUGUGAGUGUAACAGCAUAUAUUGCCUUGGCUCUGCUCUCUGUCACUAUCAGCUUUAGGAUAUAUAAAGGUGUGAUCCAGGCUAUCCAGAAAUCAGAGGAAGGCCACCCAUUCAGGGCAUAUUUGGAAUCUGAAGUUGCUAUAUCUGAGGAAUUGGUUCAGAAGUACAGUAAUUCUGCUCUUGGGCAUGUGAACUGCACCAUAAAAGAACUUAGGCGCCUCUUCUUAGUUGAUGAUUUAGUUGAUUCUCUGAAGUUUGCAGUGUUGAUGUGGGUAUUUACCUAUGUUGGUGCCUUGUUCAAUGGUCUGACGCUACUGAUUUUGGCUCUGAUUUCACUCUUCAGUGUUCCUGUUAUUUAUGAACGGCAUCAGGCACAAAUAGACCAUUAUUUGGGACUCGCAAAUAAGAAUGUUAAAGAUGCUAUGGCUAAAAUCCAAGCAAAAAUCCCUGGAUUGAAGCGCAAAGCGGAAUGAAAAAGCCCAAUAUAGUUAACACAGUUCAUCUACAAAGGGGAUCAUUUGAUUACAUGGUGGGGAGGGUCGGGGAAGAAUGAAGCCUUGACAUUGCAGUGCUAUUUCACAAAUCUUUAUUUUUAGCAAUGCACUGUUUGAGAAAAAAUUACCUUUCUUGACUGCCAUGUGUUUUUCAUUUUGAGUAUUGUAAGCUGCUAUGUAUGGAUUUAAAUUGUAAUCAUGUUUUCCUAUAUGAGGCACUGGUGAAUAAAAAGUGGUCUAAGAAAGCUGUAUAUUACACUUCGUUAGUCUUGCUGUAUUUUGGGAAGUUACAGAGAAGGUAGAGCGGAAGAAAACCCUUUUCACAGUUUGUGUGCUGUGUAUGGUCUGUGUAGAUUGAUGCAGAUUUUCUGAAAUGAAAUGUUUAGACAAGAUCAUACCACUAAGGCAGAAGUAAAAGGGUUUGCCUCUCUGGUAAUGUUCUAGGUGUUUCGUGAAUUUUACUGUUAUAUUAAUUGCCAAUAUAAGUAAAUAUAGAUGAUAUAUAUCUAUAUAUAGUUUCACAAGCUUAGACCUUUACCUUCCAGCUGCCCCACCAUGCUUGAUAUUUCAGUCAUUGGUUAUAUUGUGUAGUUACAAAACACAUAAGCUAGAAAAAGAAAGUGUAUUUCUAGGAGCAUUACCAUGUUUUCAUCAUGAAACAAUGCCACAUUGAAUUCCAGUACAAACUUCAUUGCACAAACUUAUUGUAGUUAAUUUUGUCACAGACUCAAUCUAUGGACUGAAUCUAAUGCUUUCAAAAAUAUUAUUUGCAAAUAUUAAACAUUGUUAUGCAAGAAAUUAUAAACUGAAGACUUAAGCCAUUGUGGUUUCAGCUGUAUUGAACUAAAUCUGUGGAAUGCAUUGUGAACUGUAAAAGCAAAGUAUCAAUAAAGCUUAUAGUGUUAAAAA